CGAUAGACAGUGGUGUUCGACAACGACAGAUGAGAAAAAAUCGGUGCGAUUGUUAGUACGGCGUCAGUCGGGCCACAAACUACAAUUACAAAUACGAGAAAGAAUGGCGUGCCUGAAGAUCUACCUUGUUCUACUCUUGGCCGUCGCAAUCGGCGUGGCUGUUGCAAAACCGGGAUACUUAGGAUAUAGUUACUAUCCAUAUCACUACGGAGGAUAUGGACAUGGGUAUGGAGGGUAUGGACAUGGGUAUGGAGGGUAUGGUCAUGGAUAUGGAGGGUAUGGACAUGGAUAUGGACAUGGAUUAUUUGGCUAUGGAUUUGGAUUUCCGUUCUACGGUGGUUACGGUCAUUAUGGUGGUUACGGUCAUGGUCAUGGUUAUGGCUACCAUGGUUAAGGUGGAUACAAAACGGCCUUCUUCUGGAUUCUCUCUGAAAUACCGUCUGAAGAGUGAGCUCAGUACAAAACUGAUCUACGUCGUUUUCUCUCCAUUGUAUCUUUUUGUUACCAGGAUUGAUCCAACGCCACAAAGAAUAUAACUGUCCACGUAACGCUUGUGUUACAUUGUACACGUAAUCUAUCUACGGCAAAAUUUUAAGAAAAUAAGAACAAAAUUCUUUAAAAAAUAA